GCGCUUUCGCGAUCCUGCCGUGCGGCGAGUCAGUCAGUGCGCCCGGGCCAUGGCAGCUCUACGGCCCGGAGCGAAGGCGCUUCGCUGGUCUCUCUGCCGCGCGGUCUCGGGUGGCGCCGGCCGGCUGGCCCCUGAUCGCGGUGCGGACGCUGCGCCGAGCCGGGUCUCAAGAUUCUGCCCUCCAAGACAGUCAAGCUGUGAUUGGAUAGGACCCCCAGAUAAGCAUUCAAAUCUUCGUCCUGUUCACUUUUACAUCCCUGAAAACGAAACACCAUUGGAACAGAAACUUAGAGAAUUGAGGCAAGAGACACAAGAAUGGAAUCAGCGGUUUUGGGCGAACCAGAAUUUGACUUUUAAUAAGGAAAAAGAAGAAUUCAUUCACUCAAGACUGCAAGCUAAAGGCUUAGGCCUGCAAACCAAACCAGGUCAGAAAGCAACAGUGAGCGCAGAAGAAAUGGCUGACUUCUACAAGGAGUUUCUAAGGAAGAACUUCCAGAAGCACAUGUGCUAUAACAGAGACUGGUACAAGCGUAAUUUUGCCAUCACCUUCUUCAUGGGGAAAGUGGCUGUGGAGAGGAUGUGGAGAAAGCUACGGCAGAACCGAAAGAUGAGCGUUAGGAGCCCGUUCUGACCUGACCACCCUCAUCCGGGUUCCCUUGAGGGCCUUGGGAAUUGUGAGUGACCCCAAGUCUCACAUCUUUGGAGUCUUUGGCCUCUCUUGAGUAUGGAUGCCCAGCUGGCUCAUUCUCACAGACACGAUGCGCUGCAUCCCCACUCUAUGCCUUGAAUUAUACCAUUUCAAAACAGAGCAAUCUAAAAAUGUGAAUAAACUUUACUUAAAGAAUUGA